AUGACGCCGAUGACACUGGCGGAAUGCCCGCAGUGCCGCGCGGCGCGGAUGCCUCACAGGGCUUGCCCAUCCUGCGGUUACUACAACGGUCGCAACGUCGCAACCGGCUCCAACGCCGACUGA